AUGGCGGUUGUACCGGCUCAGACCACCCCUCCCCAUACCAUGAAUCCAUUCCUGCCUCCUUCAACUGCCUUGGCACCUACUCCAUCUUAUGGUCAUCGUGGCUACCCUUCUCCACCAAAGCCCGCAUACCCUCCACCCACCUCCUACAUUACCCCGCCGACAACACCGGACACACCGUCGCCAAGUUAUUCUACAUCAACAUCCCUGGCCUCAACUGCAUCACCACCGACGCCCCCAUGUAUGGAGGAUUGUACUGCCCAUAUAGUAUUGGCAUCAUCAUUGCCAGGUACAGGGGGUCAUUAA